AUGAUCGAGUCACCAAUCAAUCAAAAUCUACUGACUACUGAAGAAGUCAACCUCGUCGGCAAUGUGAAAGAUCAAUGCGUCAUUCUGCCCGCUGCCCCUCCCCACUUAAUCCGGACCCUCCCAAUUCCAGCUUUCCCAACCCCCAAUGGCCCCCAAACCCUACUUAAUAUUCUCUCCAUGCCGAGCUUAGGAGGACUGCUGAAGAGGCGUACGAAGGACUCUCAAGACGGGAAAUCGAAUUCGGACCACGAAGGUUCAGGCGCAUCCAUGCAACACUCUUCGCCCCAGCAAUCGGGUUCCGACAAUCCCAGUAUCGACCAUGUUAUACAGCAACCACAACCAAAACAGGAGCGAGUGACCAAGGGGAAGUACUCGCAGGAAGACUUCCAGCUGCAGCGCACCUUGGGAACGGGGAGCUUCGGUCGUGUUCAUCUCGUGCAGUCGAACCACAAUCAUCGCUUCUAUGCGAUGAAGGUGUUGAAGAAGGCACAGGUGGUCAAGAUGAAGCAGAUUGAACACACAAAUGACGAGCGUCGGAUGUUAAAUCGGGUUCGUCAUCCGUUCCUGGUCACCCUGUGGGGGACCUGGCAGGAUUCAAAGAACCUGUACAUGGUCAUGGACUUUGUGGAGGGAGGCGAACUGUUUAGUUUGCUGCGCAAAUCACAACGAUUCCCCAACCCGGUGGCCAAAUUCUACGCUGCGGAGGUGACGCUAGCGCUGGAGUAUCUGCAUGCACACCAGAUCAUUUACCGGGAUCUGAAGCCGGAAAAUCUUCUCUUGGACCGUCAUGGUCAUUUGAAGAUCACCGAUUUCGGAUUCGCGAAAGACGUGCCUGAUAUCACUUGGACCCUCUGCGGUACGCCCGAUUAUCUAGCCCCCGAGGUCGUUUCCUCCAAGGGGUACAACAAAUCAGUUGACUGGUGGUCCCUUGGAAUCUUGAUCUUCGAAAUGUUGUGUGGAUUCACUCCCUUCUGGGACAGUGGAUCGCCAGUCAAGAUCUAUGAAAAUAUUCUGCGAGGGAAAGUCAAGUAUCCUCCAUACUUACACGCCGACGCAGUCGAUCUGCUUUCCCAACUGAUCACUUCCGAUCUCACAAAGCGUCUCGGCAACUUGCAUGGUGGCCCCAGUGACGUCAAGAACCAUGCCUGGUUCUCCGAGGUCACUUGGGACCGACUAGCUCGGAAGGAUAUUGACGCGCCAUAUAUCCCGCCCAUCCGUGGUGGACAGGGCGAUGCAAGCCAAUAUGACAAGUAUCCCGAGGAGGCAGAGCACUAUGGCCAGGAGGGAGACGAUACAUAUGGCCACCUUUUCCCCGACUUCUAG